UUGUGAUGUGUAAAUGUCUCAAUUUUUACUGCUAACACUUCGUUAAACUUAUUCAACAUGUUCUCAUUUAUAGAGCAAGUGGAGCAACCCCCUCUUGGCGACCGAAAAUCGUACAUGGCCAUCCCAGAGGCCAAACUAAUAAGUGAUGUCGAGGGGUACAUUGCCCAGCCCGAGUUCUUUUCGGAUGUCCAAGUGGCAGUGAAGUUGCAACGCAUCUAUUAUUUGCAAUACAAUGAAUUGGCUGCCAAGUUGGAGACUGAUCUUACCUCAGUAUUAACGCGUUUAGAAGCUGCCAAGAACAACUUGGAGCUGGUGAACAAAUUUAUUGGCAAACCGGGCGAGGAGUUCCAAGCACUAAUGCCCAUAACCCCGGGUGUGUUUAGAUGGGCAACAGUACUGCCGAUGGAGAAGGUGACUCUUCAAGUCAGUACGGGCUUGCAAAUGGAAUUUGAGCUGCCUGAGGCGGAAGAUUUCAUCAGAAAGGACAUCGUAAGCCUUGUGAAACAGCGGUUGCAGCACGAACACGAUAUUGAUUACCUGCAGGAUCAGGUCAACACAAUCGAGAUGAAUCUCGCCGUUUUAUAUAAACAUGGAGUCGAAAGACAGAAGCGAGAAGGUCCAGCAGGAUAUUCUUUUAGUCCUUAGUUAUGUAUAUUUCUUAAAUCUCUUGAUUGUUAAGUAUAAAUAAUAUUUGGGCAUCAAAUUCAACUACUUUCACAAGACAUUAAAUAGAGGAUUCUUUUGGCACAAAAUGUA